CACCCACAAGCAAUUUGGAAAUUGGAAUGGUUUCCCUUCUUCUCACAUGUCUCAUCAUCACUUCAUUAUCAAGAUACAGUAAUGGGGAGAUGAGCAGCUUUAGCUUACCAUCUUAUAAAACAACAGCUAUAUUUCUGAACACAAUUAUUGCUAAUAACAUUAGCUUAAUAUUGAAUUACAGUUCUGAAUGUAGCAUUAGUAGAAGGUCAGUUUCAUUUGCUACUUUAAAAUAAUGACUGUGUUGCUAGCACGGCUUUGCUAAUUCAAUGUACAUCUCCUGGUUUUCAUAAUGUGAAACUUCAAAUUGAAAAUGAAACUCUGUCUACUUGGGUUCCAUUUGACAACACUCCAUAUUGCUACUGGUGGGAUGCUUUAUAUGUUUAUGAUGUCAAUGCCACUUCAUUCUCUCAGGCUCUUUGUUUGGAUAGAUAAUGGCCAGUCAUCCACCAUUUCACCAAAUUUACUUACUCAUCAAUUUUGGCAAGUAGGGGAUUACCCACGGAUAGUCCCUUCUAGUAGUAAUAACAUGAUAGUGCACUAUAUAGGAUUCAAUAACAGUUUUUGGGAAUUCCAGUUCUUAGAAUUAGUAAGUGAUGUAUACUCAUACACACUGACUAUUGAUGAUAGUAUAAUUAGUCUAUUGGACUGUAUUGUCAGAUCAACUAGUUUUGUCAUCAGUCGACCAAUGUAUUCCAUUGAUUCACUAAUUACAGUACAUAACCAAGUGGCCACUUUAUUGAACGACACAAGUAAUGGGUUACAGCUGUUUAGAGAUACUGCUGCACCUUCUGUUGCCAUAGCAAUACAAAGAAAUAUAAAUAUCAUGACACAGGAUGGUUUUAGAACAUAUUUUGCAUUUGAAUUAAUGGUUAUACUGGUAGUAUUAAGGAUAUAGUGUACACCACUACACCAGUACUGGUAUAGUACUAUUGAUUGACCAAGAGAUCAUCACACUAAUGAAUGAGGGUACAUCAAUCCACUCUCCCUCUGGUUUAACAUCCUCCAUAUUAGAAAAUAAUGUCUUUCAUAUAACUGGUAGAGGAAGGGACAUUAUCUAUGAUAAUUAUGAUAUUGUCAUUGCCUGGUCACAUACUGUAAUGUUAUUAUAUGUAUCUAUUGAUGGUGGGAAGAGUUUUAGUAAUGUUACCAUACCAAUAUCUAGGGAUAAUAUCACCAUUCAGUCCUUGCAAGUUCAUCCUGUAAAAGAUGAAGCUUUAAUGUUCUAUACAGCAAACAAUAAUCAAACUUUCUUUCUGCACUAUGAUGUAAGGCAAAACGAAUGGUCUAAUGCAACAGUUAGCAAUGGUAAUGGUCCUGAGCAGCUGCUAGUAAAAUAUUUCCCUUCUCCUUUUGGUGACCUGAUAGUCUGGGGAAGACAGUCAAUGUAUUAUUCUUUAACUGGAGAUGAUUUACUACCAUUGAGCAUCCUUCAAAACCAUUCAUCUGAAUAUCAAUGGAGGAAUGACGAAUAUAUAAGGCAUGUUGAUACAGGCUCUUCGGGACAGAUAGCAUUAGUUCUUUCUGAUGGAUCUCUUUUCUAUGGAAGAAUAGCCACAGGUCAACUAUUAAAGAUCUUAUAUUAUGUCAAUGAAAACAGUACAAUAUUCUUUGAUUCAUUGGGGAAUCUAAAAUUCCUAUCAAUGCUGGAGAGUGGCAGUAUUUCAGUUAGAACAGUACCAGUAUAUUCACUGCUGCUCUCAGCACUCUAUCCUCCUCUUGCCUGCCCUUAUCUUCAAUGGACUCACAAUAUAGCCCAAUCUAAUGUAUAUUACAUUGACAUUCGUGAUACUUUUACAGUCUGGGUAUCUUUAGUACCAAGAGUCUGGUCACCAAACAAUAUAUCUGUAUCAUUCAGUAAUGUUAGGGCCAUAAAUAAGGACAUACAAUCAACUGAAGAACAAACUGCUCUACAAGGAUCAGUGAAACGUAAUAUGAGUAUUACAGUAACUGCUAAUAAUUCUACUGGUUAUACUGUUAUGAAACUAAGUCCUGUCACUCACUCACUCACUUGUGAUGAAUUAGCUGAAGAGAAUGUAGAGAUAUUUGUAGCCUGUCCACCAGAGCGACAUAUAAGAAUAACAAGAGGAACCACUUGUACCGAAUCGGAAGACUACACAUACACAAUACCAAGUGAUCACUAUGAUUCGGAAAUGAAAGGUCGUACAAAUCUUAAAGGUCUCCAAGACAAAGUUGUUCGUUACAAUGUGAGACAGUGGGGCUGUCCCAUAAGAGUCCUGCACAACGAGAAUUACAAACCAGUUUUAUUUCUAUACGAUGGGAGCACUUUGAAUGAAAGAGUUGGAGUUGAUUUUGUUGUUAGGGAGAUACAUGGUAGGACAGACUUCAGUUACACAGCAACAGCAGAUGAUGUUGGAUGCAGAAGAGCACCUCAGACUUGGCAAGAAAUACUAGCUAAUGCUGAAGACCCUUAUAAAGCAUGGACUCCUCAAAAUUAUCAAAACUGCUUCGAAGGUAGUGGAUCUCUUUCAUCUUCAAGCGCUAAAUUGCCUUAUCAGAUUCUUAACAGCAGCAAUGGUGGCUCUUAUAUUCAGUGGGGAACUCGUAAUGGGGUUUAUGUAUUUGAAGCAACAGUCAUAGCAAAAGACUAUAGUUUUUGUAACUUGACUGUCCUGUUUGCAGUUCAGGUGUACAGUGUACAGAACCUCUCAUACAUUGCUUACAUUCUUUUUGUGGUGACAUGUAUGACAUCUGGUGUGGUUCUCUUUCUCUCGUUUUUAUUCUACAAGAGACUCCUCUAUACUGGCAACCUCUUGUUUAAGAGACAAACAUCAAAGACUAUCAGCAGCAGCAAGAGUAACAGUGGUCAACUUUGAAUGACUUACCACAACAUGUAUACACCUUCCUAUAUCUCUUAUUUAUAAACAAGCAUGCACACAUGUCACAACAUACUAUGUAAUAUAAAUGGGUA